AUGGAGAAUACUCUGGAUGCCUCCUGGUCCGGUUUGAUUGUGGUUCUAAGGACCAGGGAAGGAGAAGCACAGGUCUGCAGCACCCCAGCUGACUGCCAAGAGAUUGUGAACGUGCACUGCCGGGUCCUGAGCCUCACCGCGCAUCUGAAGAAGAAAUGCCAGUGCAGGCCAGAAGAUUGCAUUGAUCUUCUAGAUGAAUCAGGGACCCUGAUGAACCUGAGCGAAGUGGAAAGUCCUGCAUCUGACCUGGCCAGUAAAUACCUACAGGAGAGACAGUGCUACAUCCUCAUCAGAGUCAUUCGAGGAGAAGGCUCGGAAUCAACCUACUACGAAUCUCUACUGGAGAACCUGGGAAAACACCACCCUGAGCUGGCAGAGCGGCUGCAGAAGUUAUCAGCACACCCUCAGCUGAAGGACAACACACGGAGGAGUUCCAUGCAGAGAAAGUUUCGCCCACUUAAGGAACCACUCCUGGGCUCCCCAGCCAAAGUCAGAAGCACACAGCAGAGUAAGAAAGGCUCUGCUCUCUCCAGCAGGCCCACCUAGGUGAUGGGAAUUGCACAACAUCUCUCCAAGGGAACAGGUGGAUCCCAACACUGCUUCCAGGCAGAAAGGAAACAAGACUUGCUGCUCUGCAUCUCCAAAAGCUCUUUAUGGACCUCAAUCUUCGACAGCCCGGUAAAACUGGUCAGGAUUAGUCUCCCUUUACACAGAGAAAGUGAAGCAGAGCAAUUCAGCAACUCCAGUGCCAAAGAGUAACCAUCAUCAGGGGCAGGAUUAGAACUAGCGAGUUCUUGCCUUCUAGUCCCAGGACCAGUUCAAACAAAUGGGGGCCCAGAAAAGUCAUCUAAUUGCCCCUCCUUUUAAGCAGCAAGGCCCAAGGCUAGUGUGCUCUGCCCCAACUGGCUAGAAGGUCAAUCUCACAAGUGCAGGGCUGGAGACCAGAGAACAUGUCUGGCACUUUGUGAGUUUGGGAUGACAGUUCAGGUAACAGGGAGUGGAGGUUUCCUAUUAAACAUGAAAGGG